CUAUUAUGUGUAAAGGUUGUGGAGAUUUUUUUAUUUACGGGCUGCAUAAACGUCCUUUGUUGUACAUUGGAUAUAAAUGUGUUUUGUCGCCCUCUAAUGUUUGGGAGUGUGAAAUGGACGUCCACCUUUUUUCCUCGGGUUCAAAGUUUAUUUUUGAGCCCUUAUCUCACCACAAGGUCCAUUAUGUUACUACUCUACAUGAUGUCUUUUUUUUUGUAUAAAGGGAACUGUAGAUUUCCAUUUUUUUAACACUGAAAAGAAUUACAAAAGGCUUAAAAGCUGAGGCUAAGAGCUCAUUAUUUUGUUAAUAUAUUUUGUUAAAUCUCCAGAAAGGUGUUGUAUUAAUUUCUGACACUAUACUGUAUGUGAUCUUUUUGAGUGGGAUGCAGCCCUUUAUAUCAAUUUCCUGUGUACUAGUGUAGCCCCUGUACAUGCAAGAUAUAUAGCAAAAUGUUUGAGAGAAUGAAAUAAUUUUAAACAAUUUAUCACACUGUGAGCUACUUGUUACCAGUCACCCAGGGUGUAUGAAUAAUUUGUUGACUUGUUGCACCCAACUGUCACUUGAAACCACACAGUGUGCAAAGACACUCAAGUCCCAUAGCCACUGUUCCAGCUGUAACGUCUACAUUCCUCAGACAUUUAUACGAUAUUUACCUUGUGAUUCUUACUGCAGGAUGGAUCUUGUAGAUACCGCUGAUCUCUGGAUCAGAUGCUUAGAAAAUGAUUCUUUGCUGCAGCCUCUGUGGGACAGCCUGAGACUCAACUACAGAGACUAUUUGAGAUCUCCACUCUUCCCCGUUGUUCUGACCGUGUCUUCCUACUUUGUCUUGUGCCUCCCUUUCCUUGUUUGCGAUAUCAUGGGAGAAAGGUGGACGUGGGUCCAGCAAUUCAAGAUCCAACCCAGCCGUCGUCCUACAGCCUCUACACUGCUGCACUGUGCGGGCGUUACCUUGUACAACCAUGUGUUUCUGGUGCUCCCAGCAUCAGUGGCCCAGUGGGCAUGGAGGCCACCUGUGGACUUGCCAGACCAAGCGCCGGCCCUGCUGGAGCUGAUUGGCGGUGUCAUCUGUAACCUCCUGCUCUUUGACUUCCAGUACUUUAUCUGGCACCUGCUCCAUCACAGGAUCCGCUGGCUGUAUGUCACUUUUCAUGCCAUCCAUCACAAUUACUCAUCUCCCUUUGCUCUAGCCACUCAGUGUCUUGGUGGCUGGGAGCUGGUCACAGUAGGCUUUUGGACCACUCUGAAUCCUGUGAUCCUGAGAUGCCACCUUCUCACCACAUGGACAUUCAUGGUGUUACAUGUCUACGUUUCCAUAGAGGAUCACUGUGGCUAUGAUUUCCCCUGGUCCACAUCACGUCUGAUACCAUUUGGCAUCUAUGGAGGGCCCAGCAAACACGAUGUGCACCAUCAGAAACCCAACACCAAUUUUGCACCACACUUCAGCCACUGGGAUAAAAUAUUUGGCACACAUGCUGAGUUCAGCUUCUCUACUGUGAAAUAGAA